GGUUUAGAAAAACCACAUCGUUUGUUAGAUGUGCAUAAAAGUCAGCAAAAAAACAAGCAGCUUAAAAGCAGUGAUGCCUACAUGCCUACUUUGUAAUUUCCUCCGAAUGAUGAGUGAUCGUAACCUGCCUCUACCAACCUCCCAACCGCUACCGAGGAUCCCAACAACACGCGUUCUCCGCGUGCGUUUACGUAGCAGUUUUUGUAUCGCGGGUGUCUUAAUAAUAGGUGAAACUACAGCCGCUACAGCUUUGCGACUGCAGGAAAAUGCCACAGGUCUGUUUGGCUAAACUUGUGAAGCGUGUUGCGUGGCUCAGGCAUACGGAAAGUGUGUUGACUGGGUCCAUUUUAGCUUUCUGUCCAUAUUCGACUUCGAUACCGAUUAGAGACACUCCGUAUGCGUUAGGAAAAACAGUGCCCAGGACACUUGCCGAGUACAAAAGCCUGAGAUCCCUGAAACCUACACAACCUAACAAUCCAAAACUUCUGCGGGUUGCUAUAGUAGGUCUACCAAAUGUUGGCAAGUCAACUUUGAUUAACCACAUCAUGCAGUGGAAAAUAUGCUCAGUCUCCAAGAAAGUUCACACAACUAGGCAGAAUGCUAGAGCCGUCCUAGUUGAAGGCGACACCCAGAUUGUGUUUUUGGACACACCAGGUGUCGUAGACCUAGAUCAUGGAAGGAAGCAUAACCUGGAAGCUACCAUGGUCGUUGGACCUGAACAUUCACUGGUUAAUGCAGACGUUGUUGGAGUCAUGGUGGACGUUGCGGACCAUUGGCGACGUGACAAACUUGACAGCAAUAUACUUAGGCUUCUGAGUUUUCACAAAGACAAAGAUGCUUUUCUGAUCUUAAACAAAAUCGACCAGCUACGGUCAAAAAGGAAGCUUCUGGAGAGCAUCCACACGCUCACUGAGGGAGUUGUUGAUGGUACUCAAACAUUUAGGAAGAACGCACGAAAGAAGAAAGAGCUCAAUGAGGAAGAGUUGUUCGCAAGAACGGAGUCUGGGGCCCUCAACAGAGAGACUGUUCCUGAAACCAACAGUGGAGGAUGGCCUCACUUCAAGAGAGUGUUCAUGGUAUCAGCAUUAAAUGAUGAUGGUGUAGAGGACAUAAGGAACUACCUCCUCCAGUCUGCAAAACUGCAACAAUGGCUGUUCCCAGAGCAUUUUGUUACCGACCAGAACCCACACGAAAUUGCACUCACAACAGUGAAAUCAAAGAUACUGGACCAUCUUGAAAAAGAGGUUCCAUAUCAUUUGGGAGUGAAAAUUGACACUUGGGACAUUGAUACGGCUGGAGUGUUGCACAUUGCUAUCGCAAUCAAAGGCAGCAAUGUGAGACACGUCAAGAACGUAAUUGGUGGCGAAGGUAAAGUUAUCAGGAAGAUAGCUUCAGAGUCUAGGCAGGAGUUAGCAAAUACUUUUCGUUGUGAAGUGUCUUUGAAGUUGAUUGUAAAUAAAGUAGAAUAAGCAUGUAUAAUACAGAAGGGUCGAACCAUGCUUAUGUUGCGCAAAUUUAACUCCACUAGAAUGUGUAGCAGCCCUGCUGUCUGCAAUAUAAUUUGGCAUUUGGUGCAGGAAUCUCUUGUUGGCCUUGCUGGUUAGUGAGCCUCUCAUACGAUUAAAAUUUACUUAUGUGAGUGCU